UCCAUCCAUCGUCUGCCCAACAACGUGACGCCAUACUUUAUACCUACCCGUCCGGCCCAACAUAACCUCAAAGAAAGCAAAAUAACCAAAAUCUAUCGCAAACAUGAAGUUCUCCGGUCUCGUUCUCGGCGCCCUUGCCCUCGUCUCCAGCGCUAUUGCCGUUGACAUCCAGAAGUCGGUCAUCAUCACCUACAAGGAGAACACUCCCGACUCGGUGAUCCAGCAGGACAAGAAGGCCAUUCUCGAUGACGGUGGUGUCAUUACCCACGAGUACACCCUCAUGAAGGGCUUCUCUGCCAAGGUUAACGCAAAGACACUCGAGUCGGUUUCCGCCUCCAGCGAGAGCUACGCCACUAUCGAGGAGGACAAGGUCGUCAGCACGUUGUAAGCGGCCAGCUGAUUGUUUGGCGACACCUGGGACGAGCGCAGACAACAAAAAAAAAUUAACCAUUCGAGUCUACACAGCGACAUCUAAGGUACAACGGUGCCAGAGAGAAAGAGAGACUGAAAGAAAGUGUGUUGGAAAUGAUACCCAGGUGCAACUGUACUGGGCAAAGUUGUUGCCUUUUGCGGACUGUAAGUCAUAGUCUUGGCGUUUUUGGAAAUGGAUCGAUGGAGAUGGACUGUCAUGAUAUCAACAUCUGACGGACGGGCUCAAUGUCCCAACGUUUGGCAAGCAUCUUUACGUUCAAUAGAUUAUGUGUUUAUCAACGUCAUGAUCAUGAAGCAUCGAGGUUCGGGUCUCAGG